UGAUCCUUUCGAACAAGAGGAUCCCAUCUCCUCGACGUAGUCAGCCCCAUAUCCAUCCACCCAGCCGAGGCACCACCAAUGCUUCCAUCCAUGGCUUUCUUCCCUCCAUCCUCUCUCCCCUAUCAUCUCCUCCCUCUUAUUCACACUCCAGAAAACACUACCUUCUUCAAAUUAAUGAUUCGUCCAUAAAGAGCAACUAUAACGAUGCAACAGCCUUCAAUGAGCUCUGCUCCUCUCCAUUCUCGAAUCCAAGUCAUCCCCUCCACUAAACCCUUCGAGCUUCCAAACCAUUCCACCAAACCCCUCCAUCACCACCAUCCUCCCAUCCGAGCCCAACCCACCUCCAACCAGGUCUCUUUCCCUAUCCUCAACCUCACCCCCGGUGACGGCACCCCAACUUCAUCCCACGAUAUCCACCUCCUCUCUCUCCUCCGCCAGCGGAAGACGGAGGAGGCGUAUCAGGCCUACACCCGGUGCCCUCACCUCCCGAGCUCCACCUGCCUCAGCCGCCUCGUCGCCCAGCUCUCCUACCAGAAUACUCCCGCCGCUUUCACCCGCGCCCAGGACCUCGUCCGCCGCCUUCGCGACGAGCGCCAGCUCCACCGCCUCGACGCAAACUCUCUCGGCCUCCUCGCCGCCGCCGCCGCCCGCUCCGGCGCCACCCUCUAUGCCGUCUCGGUCGUCCGCACCAUGCUCCGCUCCGGCUACCUUCCCCACGUCAAGGCCUGGAGCGCCGUCGUCAGCCGCCUCGCAGCCGCCCCCGACGACGGUCCCGCCGAGGCCCUCCGCCUGUUCGACGCCGUCCUCCGCCGCGUCCGUCGCAUCCCUGGCGACGCCGCGGCCGACGCCCGCCCCGACACCGCCGCCUUCAAUGCCGCCCUGAACGCUGCCGCUAACCUGGGGGAUGUCCGGAGGUUCGCCCAGCUGUUCGACGGAAUGCCCGAGUUCGGCGCUCAGCCCGACGUCCUGACGUACAACGUUCUCAUCAAGAUGCUCGCCAGAGCCGAGCGAAAGGACCUGCUGGUAUUCGCUUUGGAACGCAUUAUCCAAAGAGCGCUGGUCCCUUGUAUCACCACCUUGCAUUCCCUCGUUGCAGCCUAUGUGGGCUUCGGCGAUCUCGAGACUGGCGAGAGGUUGGUGCAGGCGAUGCGGGAAGGCCGGCGGGACCUUUGCUCAAUACUCAGGGACUCGAAUGCUGAUGAACCAAGUGAUAGAAGCGACAAGGAAGCUCAUGCUCUUCUUGAAAAGCUCGUUGCUGUGAACUCAAAUUCCGGUGAUGCCAAUGGCGAUGAUGAUCUCUUGCCGUUGCUUCCCAAGACAUACACACCUGACUCCAGAAUCUACACUACGUUGAUGAAAGGGUAUAUGAAAGAUGGCCGCGUCGAUGAUGUUGUCCGCAUGGUCCAGGCAAUGCAGCAGGAGGCAGACCCCUCGAGCCACCCGGACCAUGUCACAUAUACCACCGUUAUCUCUGCACUUGUUAAGGUGGGCGCGAUGGACCGGGCGCGCAGCGUGCUUGCUGAGAUGGCCCGUGCCAGGGUGCCUGCCAACCGUAUCACCUACAACGUGCUCCUCAAGGGCUACUGCCAGAAGCUGCAGCUGAACAAGGCGAAGGAGCUUGCACGCGAGAUGUCUGAGAAGGCAGGCGUCGAGCCUAACGUUGUCUCAUACAACAUCCUUAUUGAUGGGUGCAUACUGGUGGAUGACAGUGCUGGUGCCCUGGCCUACUUCAAUGAGAUGCGGGAGCGUGGAAUUGCACCUUCCAAGGUCAGCUACACGACUCUAAUGAAGGCAUUUGCGCUGUCGGGGCAGCCGAAGUUGGCACAUAAGGUGUUCGAUGAGAUGGACAAAGACUCAAGGGUUAAGGUGGAUAGGGUGGCUUGGAACAUGCUGGUGGAGGGAUAUUGUAGAUUGGGAUUCGUAGAGGAAGCUAAGAAGCUUAUGGAGAAAAUGAAGGAGAGAGGCUGCCAACCUGAUGUGGCCACUUAUGGAAGCCUUGCUAAUGGUAUCGCGCUGGCCAGGAAGCCAGGGGAGGCUCUGUUAUUGUGGAAUGAAGUGAAGGAGAGGUGUAAGGCCUCGCCACCUCUUAGGCCAGAUGAAGGGUUGCUGGAUGCUUUGGCUGAUGUGUGUGUGCGUGCGGCAUUCUUCAAAAAGGCUCUGGAGAUUGUGGCUUGCAUGGAGGAGAAUGGGAUCUCACCCAACAAGACUAAGUACAAGAGGAUAUAUGUGGAGUUGCAUUCCAGGAUGUUUACAAGCAAGCAUGCUUCUCAGGCAAGGCAGGACAGGAGGAGGGAGAGGAAAAGGGCAGCCGAGGCCUUCAAGUUUUGGCUGGGCCUUCCAAAUUCUUACUAUGGAAGUGAAUGGAGGCUUGAACCAGUUGAUGAGGACGACUAUGGAAUUAGCUAAUUCCGUUUCAACUCGGGUGCUGAGGGGCCAUAUAUACAUCAAGGAAUGAGGACUGCCUCCAAAUUUAGUGUUCAACAUCUCAAACCUGAUGGAAUACCAUCAAGAUUGUCUGUGGUUGACUUCCUUCUCUUGGAAACUGGUUUCUGUGCGAUAAGAAAAUGCAAGAGAAGAGGAGAUGGCGAGUCAAUUGGCGACCUGAAAAAUAAGACUUUUUUGGUACGUAGGUUGCUUAUGUACCUUACUGAUUUAUGAGUGUAUCAAAAAAUGGUAAUAUACGGUACUUGUAGUUGUAAUUUAUCUGCCCUCUUCUGAUAAAUUGUCAUGCAUGAGAUAGGGCAAUCUUUAACCUGUUAAUCUGUCAAGGGUCUGAUACAUGUGACUGGGUCAGUCUAAAUGGUCCUCGGGUUGAUGCAACGACCUUAUUUUGUUUAUGAUGAUGAUGCAAAUAAAUUUAAAUAGCAUUAAGAAAUCCUUGAAUUUUCUUGUACA